UAGGAGAGAGUUUGGACGCAGCACUUUUGAUUAUUUUUGACCGAAGCACUCCAUCUGAAAUUCUUUCUGUUUUACGGCGCUUUAAAGACGGUGAAAUGUUAGAACAUUGUGUGCGGUCAUGUCACUGUAUUGUUACGUCUGAUUGGUACGAUGGUGUCAUGUGAUUAUUGUUGCGACGUCUGAUUGGUGGAACCGGGCGGCCGCCGAAAUGUCGACGCCGCCAGCCGACGACAACCGUGAGGAUGCUAACAACCGCAGCUUUUGGAUGCCGGGCAACUACCAGCGCACGGUACGGCGGACGGAGGACGCCUUUCAGGCAUGUGGCGACCUGGCCACGUGCUUCCUAGAGCGAGCCCGAGUGGAGCGUCAGUACGCACUGCAACUCAACGAGUGGAGCAACAAGUGGAAGCCCCACGUGGACUCAAGUCCUCUCUACGGGUCCCUGCUGAAGGCCUGGCAGACUUUCCUGUCGUCGGCCGACCGUCUGGCAACUCUGCACGCGUCCAUCUGCCGCUCCCUGGCGACCGAGGAUGCCGAGAAGCUGAGAACCUGGCAGAAGGACGCCUUCGCCAAGAAGAUCUUCGGGGGUUUCAAGGAGGCCCAGGACGCCGAGACGGGCUACGCCAGGGCGCAGAAGCCUUGGACAAAACGCCUGAAAAAGCUGGACAAAGCCAGACGGGCGUACCACAAGGCGAGCCGCAAGGAGCACGCCGCCCGGGAGCGCGAAUCCCAGGCUCGAGCCAAUCAGAACGUGGCGGCGGACAAGCAGAAGAAGAUUCAGGAGGACCGAGAGGCGGUCCAGCAGGAGACCCUCAAAGUGCGAGCCCGCUACGAGAAGGUGCUGGAGGAGACUAAUCGCUAUGCCCCUCGCUACAUGGAGGAGAUGGAGGCCAUCUUUGAGCAGUCGCAGGACGAGGAGCGCAAGAGGAUGGUCUUUCUCAAGCAGGUCUUCCUCUCCAUCAACAAGCACCUCGACGUCACCGCCAAUGACAGCGUGAAGGAAGUUUACAGCCAGCUCCGCGACACGGUGGCGGCCAUCGACGAGCACGAGGACCUCCGCUGGUGGAAGAACACGCACGGGCCCGGCAUGCCCACCGACUGGCCGCACUUCCAGGAAUGGACGCCCGAGAAAAAAAACAAAAAGGGGAAGGAGGUGUUUGAAGACAAUGCCACCUUAGAGAAGAGCGCGAUGAUUGUCGGCGUGAGGGUGAGAGCGUUGUACGACUACGUCGGCCAGGAGACGGAUGAACUCUCCUUUAAAGCCGGCGAAGAGUUUGUGAAGAUGGAGGAUGAGGACGACCAGGGCUGGUGUAGAGGCUUGAAGGACGACGGCCUGGAAGGCCUUUAUCCCGCUAAUUACGUAGAGGUGGUUUAGCCCAAAAAGAUUGAAAGAAUUUCAUUGUUUUUUUUAAUUUCCUGUGGAUGUUUGCUUUCUUAAAAAAAAACAAUGCUGUACAAAGAGAAAAUGGUAGCUGUUAGCCAAAGAUCUGUGAACAUUUUAACAUGCAGAGAUUUAAAUUUUUUUGUAAAUAACGACAACUUGACUCCAAUAUCUUUGUCUUAGUUUUCAAAACCAUCACCACUGCAGCCUUUUUUUUUUUUGGAGUACCGUAUUUUCCGGACUGUAAGCCGCUACUUUUUUCCCGCCGUUUGCACUCUGCGCCUUUUAGCGGCAGAUUUAUGGGGGGGGGGCAAACGAGUUUCAUAUUUUCUUGUUAAAAAUAAAAAUUGGAUUAGACAAAUUUUGAAAUUACAUAGCUCUUAGCCACUAACCUUCACAGAUAAAGCUUGCCAGAAACUUGUCAAACUUACUCAAAAGCUCAGGAUUUUAUUGAUGAAUAUGGUUCUAUCUGAUAUUAUAUGCUGCUCCAAAAGAACAAUUUUAAAUGGAUGGGUAUCCGCUAUUUGCUACGACAAGAGAACGCGAUGCUAGCGUUCAUUAGCCAUCUUCAACUGGCACUUGGAGGACUUUAUUGCCUCAGUGUAUUACAACAAAGCUGCUAUUUAAGUGCUAAUGCUAGCCGUUGACUGUUUUUAAGAAGAUUUCAUCCACUUCAAGUUUAGAAGGCAAGGUAAAAUUGAUUGUAUAUCAUUGUGGUGACCUUUUUUUUUUAAGUUAUAGUGGUAUGAAAAAGUAUCUGAACCUUUUGGAAUUUCUCACAUUUCUGCAUAAAAUCACCAUCAAAUGUGAUCUGAUCUUUGUCAAAAUCACACAGAUGAAAAUACAGUGUCUGCUUUAACUAAAACCACCUAAACAUUUAUAGGUUUUCAUAUUUUAAUGGGGAUAGCAUGCAAACAAUGACAGAAAGGGGAAAAAAAUAAGUGAACCCUCUGCAUAAGGAGAUUUAAAGCGCAAUUGAAACCAUUUUUACCAAACAUUUUAAGUCAGGUGUGUGCCCAAUCACUGAUGAAUGGUUUAAAGCUGCCCUGCCUGCCCACUAUAAAAAACACACCUGGUAAAAAAAUGUCUUGAUGAGAAGCAUUGUCUGAUGUGCAUCAUGGCUCGGUCCAAAGAGCUGUCUGAAGACCUGCGAUCACGGAUUGUUGAUUUGUAUAAAGCUGGAAAAGGAUACAAAACCAUCUCCAGAAGUCUGGAUAUUCAUUAAAUGACAGUCAAAGAAGUUGUCUACAAAUGUAGAGAGUUUGGCACUGUUGCUUCUCUCCCAAGGGGUGGCCGUCCACCAAAGAUAAUGCCAAGAGUUCAGCGCAGAAUACUCAGAGAAGUAAAAAAAGAACCCUAGAGUGUCUGCUAAAGACUUACGGAAAUCACUGGCACACAUCAAUUAUAUGUAAAACUGUGGCCAAGAAUGGUGUUCAUGGGAGGACUCCACGGAGGAAGCCACUGCUGUCUAAAAAAAACAUUGUUUCUUGUUUAAUGUUUGCAAAAAGACACUUGGACUCUCCACCGAAGUUUUGGCAAAAUAUUUUGGGGACAGGUGAAACCAAAGUUUAAUUGUUUGGGAGUAACGCACAUCAUGUGUGGAGGAAAAAUGGAACAGCUCACCAACAUCAACACCUUAUCCUCACCGUGAAGCAUGGGGAAGGGAGCAUCAUGAUUGAGGGGCUGUUUUGCUGCCUCAGGCCCUGGACAACUUGCAAUCAUUAAUGGAAGAAUGAAUUCAAACGUUUUGCAAGAAAACCUGAGGCUGUCUGUCAAAUAGUUGAAGCUAAAAGAGGAUGGAUGCUGCAACAAGACAAUGAUCCAAAACGCAGAAGUAAGUCAACUUUGGAAUGGUUUCAGAGGAACAAAAUACAUGUUUUGGAGUGGCCAAGUCAAAGUCCAGACAUGAACCCCAUUGAGAUGCUGUGGCAUGACUUAAAGAUAGCGAUUCAUGCCAGACAUCCGAGGAAUCUGCCUGAACUACAGCAGUGUUGUAGAGAAGAAUAGGCCAAGGUUAUUCCUGAUUGAUGUGCCAGACUGAUCUGCAGCUACAGGAAGUGUCUGGUUGAAGUUAUUGCUGCCACAAAAUAUUAAAUGUGAUGGUUCACUUACUUCUGUCACUGUUUGCAUAGUAUACUCAUUAAAAUAUGAAAAACCAAGUUUAGUUGAAGCAGACACUGUUUUUUCAUCUGUGUGAUUUUGACUAAGAUCAGAUCACAUUUGAUGGUGAUUUUAUGCAGAAAUGUGAGAAAUUCCAAAGGGUUCAGAUACUUUUUCUGUACUACUGUACUGUAAUACUGUAGUUAAGCAUUAACUAUAGUGGUUAGUUAAGCAUUCAGACAACACGAGUUGGUGGUGUUGAUAAGUGUAUAUCUCGUUAAUGAAUAUAUUUUUGAUCAAUAAAUUUUUUUUUUGCGUAACAUCUAUGUAAAUAUCCAAUAUUAAGACAUGGACACCGGCAGCUGAUAGUCAGGUACGGCAUAAACGGAUUAAUUUCUAAAAUUUUGUGAAAUUUGGCCGGUGCGCUUUAUAGUCCGGAAAUGACGGCACUUAAUAUUUCCGAGUUUCACUUUGAAGCUUCAUUAGAAAAUGUGUUUUGUUUGAAAGUUUUUUUACGAAGUUCCACUACGAGGUACUUUUCACAAGCUGUUACAAAGGUACAUUGCGAUUAGAGGUCGACCGAUAUAUCGGGUCGAUAUAUGGAUUUUUUUCCAAGAUCGGCUGUCAUAACAAAGGCAAAUCAGCUGAUUAACAAAAAAAAAAACCAAAGUCGAUAAAACAGGAUUUUUAUCAGGCAUCUGUGUGGGCAACUAUGUUCCAUUGCAAUGCUGACUGACGGUGGGACCCCACCAGCACCUUGAAGGCAGGCUGCUCCAGGAAGCUUCAGGCUGGCCUGUUUUUGUAAAUUUGUUGUUUUUUUAAUCCUUUCACUCUAAAUGUAACUUGUAGCAUUAGCGUAAGCAUAGUGAGCAACCUCUUAAACGCUCACUUGUUUGCAACUCGAUGUGACGUCCUGGUGGGUUUAAUCAUUUGAAAAUAAUUAGCUGUUCUUGCUGAGUGUGCAUAAUCAUAAAAAGUGCCUUGUUUGUUGCUUCGGUAGCACUAGACCGAAUAUUUCGUUUAAGACUUCCAUAGACUUCAUAAUGUAUUGACGGGGCACGGGGCUGAUUCAUAGGGGGCCAAUCUCCGUCAAAGCUAACCGAGUGGAAACGCAAAGAAAUUUUUCUGUUGAAAAUUCUUGUGAAUAACUGCCUAAAUCCCUGUAUUCUUUAUAGAUAUGGACGUAAAACAGUCUCGAUUUUUGGUUAAAAGACAAAAAAAAGUGCAGUUAGCAGUUAUUUUGCGUAAAUAUUGCGAACUAUGAUGCUAGUUGGAAAGCAAAUUGCGGCCCCCAUUUCACAAAGAGCGUUUUCCGUUGAAAAUUCUUGUGAAUAAAUGCUUAAAUCCCUGUAUUCUUUAUAGAUAUGGACGUAAAACCGUCUUGAUUGUUGGGUAAAAGCAAAAAAAAAAAAAAGUGCAGUUAUUUUACAUAAACAUUGUGAAGUAUAAUGCUAGUCAGUAAGCAAUUUAGUGGCCACUAUAUGUAAACAAAGCUUUUCCCAUUGAAAAUAUUUGUGAAUUAAUGCUUAAAUCCCUGUAUUCUUUAUCGAUAUGGACGUAAAACAGUCUCGAUUCUUGGUUAAAAGCAAAAAAAAAAAGUGCAGUUAGCAGUUAUUUUAUGUAAAUAUUGCAAACUAUGAUGCUAGUCGGAAAGCAAAUUAGCGGUCCCUAUAUCACAAAGAGCUUUUUCCGUUGAAAAUUCUCGUGAAUAAAUGCUUAAAUCCUUGUAUUCUUUAUAGGUAUGAACGUAAAACCGUCUCGAUUGUUGGUUAAAUGCAAAAAAAAACGUGGUUAGCAUUUAUUUUACAUAAAUAUUGCGAACUAUGAUGCUAGUCGGAAAGCAAAUUAGCGGCACCCAUAUCACAAAGAGCUUUUUCCGUUGAAAAUUCUUGUGAAUAAAUGCUUAAAUCCCUGAAUUCUUUAUAGAUAAGGGCGUAAAACUGUCUCGAUUCUUGGUUAAAAGCAAAAAAACAUGCAGUUAGCAUUUAUUUUACGUAAAUAUUGCAAACUAUGAUGCUAGUCAGUAAGCAAAUUAGCGGCCGCCAUAUUACAAAGAGCUUUUUCUGUUGAUAAUUCUUGUGAAUAAAUGCUUAAUUCCUCAAUUCUUUAUCGAUAUGGACGUAAAACAGUCUCGAUUUUUGGUUCAAACCCAAAAACCUAGCAGUUAGCACUUAUUUUACAUAAAUAUUGCGGACUGUGAUGCUAGUCAAUAAGCAAAUUAGCAGCCGCCAUAUAUAAACAAAUAGCUUUUUCUGUUGAAAAUUCUUGAGAAUAAAUGCUUAAAUCCCUGUAUUCAGGGAAAAGCAAAAAACAUUCAGUUAGCAUUUAUUUUACGUAAAUAUCACAAAGAAUGAUGCUGGUCAGUAACCAAAUUAGUGGCUGCCAUAUCACAAAGAGCUUUUUCCGUUUAAAAUUCAUGUGAAUAAAUGCUUAAAUCCCUGAAUUCUUUAUAGAUAUGGACGUAAAGCAGUCUCGAUUCUUGAUUAAAAGCCCCCCCACCCCCAAAAAAAACGCCCAGUUAGCAUUUACUUUACUUAAAUAUUGGGACCUAUGAUGAUAGUCAGUAAGCAAAUGUAGCGGCCGCCUGAUGUAAACAGAGCUUUUCUGGUGAAAAUUCUUGUGAAUAAAUGCUUAAAUCCCUGAAUUCUUUAUAGAUAUGAAUGUAAAACAGUCUCUAUUCUUGGUUAAAAGCAAAAAUCUGAGCAGUUAGCAGUUAUUUUACAUAAAUAUUGCGAAGUAUAAUUGUAUAAUUGUAACGGGUACACGCAGGUCCGUUGUGGAGCGUGGAAACCUCCCUGCCCUCCCUUCACGUAAAGACGCUAACGGCUAUACUAUGCAUGCAUGGUACGAAAAAUAUAACAAUUACCUUGAAUCCUCGAACAAAUCACUCAUGAGACAAUCUGCCCUGUUUGUAUGCAGUAUAGCUUUCGUACUUUUUCAACCUAAAUCCAGCGUUAGAUCGCUGCAUGUGACCGACUGCUAAUAAAUGAAGUGGAGUGUGGGGAUUGUGCGGGAAUGCGUGACGCAAUGAAUGAGGAAUGUGUCACGUCAAUAUAUUAUGAAGUUUAUGGGUCUUCAUUGUAAAUUUGAAGUUGUUGAAGCAAUUAAAAAAAAAGGCUUUAUGAUCUAGGUUUUUUUUUUUAAAGUAUUUUGGCCUUAAAUAUUGGCUAACAAAAUUGGCUUGGGAUCAGUGUUGUUUUCGUCAACAAUGACAACGAAAAUAUUUAGUCAACGAGCACUUUUUUUCAUAAGGAUGACGAGAAGGUAAUUAUUUUAAAAAUGUGUUUGGGAGACUCAAACAUAAUGAGCCUAAUGCCAGUUUUCGUCUGAUAAGACGAGAAUGAGACGAAAAUGCGCAAUAAUUUCCGUCACAUGUUCAAAACGUGUGACAAUUUAGUUUUGUGUAGUUAGCCUGCAUCGUAGCAGUGUCUGGUUGUGUCACACAUGUGACGUGCUGCGCCCCCCCUCACUCACCAGUGCAGUGUAAUCUCACACCCACGUUAAGAUUUGUUUUCUUAUCUUGGCCAGAGAGAAUAUGCUAUGUUGAUUUAGCCUUUAAAGGUCUGAGCUGAGUGAUAUUAACACACACUAGAUCUAACUCGUAGCAUUAGCACAGCAUUCGUGUUAGCAUUAGGCUAAUGUUAACGGCGAGCGUGCUCUUAAACUCUCGGACAACUUUUUUUUACAUACAGUUCGUGGCGUCCAGGUGGGUAUAAUUAAUUGAAAAGAAUGUAGUUUUCCUGCUGAGUGUGUAUUAUCACACGAUAGAUUUGUAGAUGCUAUAUAUAUGCUAAUAUGUGCUCAUCUGUUAACACUCAUUCAAAAUAUAGUUGGAAACCUUUUUUAUUUAUUUUUGGAGUAAAACUUUUUAAUUUUACUGAUGAAAACAUUCUGAGUAAACGUCUAAAACUAGACGGGAUUAGUUUUAAAUUUUCGUCAACAAAAACUAGACAAAAACAUUUUGAGAUGACUAAAAUAUGACUAAGACUAAUAAGUAGAGAUGCGAUCGGGUCCGAUCACGUCAUUUUCAAAGUAUCGGAAUCGGCAAAAAAAUAUCAGCCAUGCCUUUUUUAAAAAAAAUUUUAAUUAAAUUGUUUUCUAAUUGUAUUUAAAUUUACAAAUAUAAUAUGUUACACUCAUCCAGAGUUUAGUUUAGGCUUUAGGUAGGGUUAUCAAAUUUAUCCCGAUAACGGCGGUAAUUAAUUUUUAUAAAAAUGUAUCACGUUAAAACAUUUAACGCAAUUAUCGCAUGCGCUGCACGACCCACUCACGCAUUGUCGCGCUCAAUCUGUAAUGGCGCCGUUUUACCUAUAUAGAGAGAUAAAAGGCAGCGUAAAAUGAGUAGAGUGAAUUUUGGCAGCCUUUGGAUCCUUUUUUUGAUUGGUAAAAGCCUUGCAAUCCCUCUCCCUACGAUUAGAAAUAUCAAGGGAAGCAAUGUGGGGAAGCAAGGUAGCAAUUGAUCUUUUUCUUAACACCUUAUGUUAUUUCCCAACGCAUAGAAGAUAUAUCAAUUGGUAGCACUACGCACAGUCAUGGUUCCACUUCCCAUCAUGCAUUUGGGCAUGGCUACAGUAUCAUUUACUGAAAGCUCACCAAAUUCACUAGAUGGCAAUAUUUAGUCACAAUAUACAAAGUCACAAGUCUAUCUAUCCGUGGAUCCCUCUCACAAAAAGAAUGUUAAUAAUGUAAAUGCCAUCUUGAGGAUUUAUUGUCAUAAUAAACAAAUACAGUACUUAUGUACUGUAUGUUGAAUGUAUAUAUUCGUCCGAGUUUUAUUCAUUUUUUACUUAAUGCAUUGCUAAAAUGUAUAUGAUCGGGAAAAAUUAUCGGGAAUGAUUGGAAGUGAAUCGGGAGCAAAAAAAAGCAAUCGGAUCGGGAAAUAUCGGGAUCGGCAGAUACUCAAACUAAAACGAUCGGGAGCAAAAAAACAUGAUCGGAACAACCCUACUAAUAAGUAUUAUCGUACAAAAGACUAAGAUGAAAAUUAAAAGGGCUGUCAAAAACAAAACUGCUUGGGAUAUAAGAAAACAGCUAAAAAUGUGAAAAUCCCAUAUCAGUCGACCUCUAAUUGCUAUCCUUCAAAUGUACUUGGUUUUGUAGUACUCAUGUGAAGAAGGUACUUUAUGAAUGAUGUUUUUAGUGCAGACCUCAAAUGUACUUUCCAACAGUGACAUUCCAAAUGUAUGUUAUGAAGAUUUGGAAAGUACUUUACAAUUGUUUCGCCGCCGGAGCAUCAUUUUUUUUCCGGUUAACCUUAAAACAAGUCAUCUGUUGUGAUAGAGAACAUUCCGAAUUUUUUUUUUAACAAGCGCAUGAUGCUCACAUGCUUGAUGUCUCUCCAUUUUUAUUGUCUUAGUGUGGUGCUAAAGGUCUUAUGUUAUCCUGCUUCGGUUGACAAGAAGCAUUGUUUUAAUGUUAUUACCACUAAAAUGCAACCACUAUGCAAAACAUGUUCCUUUUCCAUAAUAAAUUUGAUCUAUAACUUUAUAUGUAUUAAUAUAUGUAUAUCAAAUUUAAAAAUACACCUUGGUCUUAUUCACUCUGUGUAUGUGUCAAACCAUUUGUUGGCCAAAUAUGAACUCAUCCAGUGUGCAUGCAAUCAUCCUUCAAUCGCUUCUAGCCCCUCCCCUCCCAGCAGUGGCGGACUUGGCAAUUUUGGGGCCUAAGGCGAACAUAUCCAGGGGCCCUCUUCAUGGGUCAGGGGUUAAAAAGGUGACAACGAAAUAUGUUCCGGUACACUAGGGCUGUCUUAAAAGACAAAUUUUCUCCUGAUUAGUCAGCCGACUAGUUUUACAAUUAGUCGACUAAUCUAAUCAUUUUCGUUUUUUUUUACUAAUUGAGCAUUGAAAUUUUUGCUGACGCUUAUUAAUUCGCAAAACCAUUUUGGAACACUUAAAUUCUUUAUGAAAGUACAAAUAAUCAUGUAAAUAACAAUAAUUAAUCAAUUAAACAAUGAGGUUAAAUGCUGGUAGCAUUUACUAGUGCAAAAGAAUGGAAAGUAAACAGAUUCAGAACACUGACUUUGCCUUUCCAACAUUAUUCAAAACAAUUCUUGAAAAAAAAAAUCUAGCAUUAUUAUUAUUAUAGUAUACAACUAUAUAUAAUAGCAGUAUAAUAAUUAUAAUAAAUAUUCAUUGCCAAUCAUAUUUGCCAUAAAGAGUGUCAUUUGAAAGCUAUU